AUGGGGGACGACAACUGGCAAAAUUCUGAGGAAAUGGCGUUCAUCCCAGAGCAAGUCGAACCGAUGUUAACUUCUGUGCUAACCGCGGUGUUGGCUAAUGAAGUCUACGACGAAGCAAAAGUAGCCACAUGGGUCGAUCUGAUCUGUGACAGAUCUAUGGAAACCUUGACGAAAUUGAAUAAACCAUUCAAGUACAUUGUUACCUGUUUGAUCAUUCAAAAAAAUGGCGCUGGCAUUCACACGGGCCAAUCUUGUUUUUGGGAU